AUUGUUAACUCGCGAAGAAGGACGUUCCUUUAAGCCAGGACACUAUCUGGAUAUAGUUCCGGUUCUACUGUAAUUGAAAACAAUCGUUAUCGGGUUUUUGUCCGCAAAGUACUUUUUAAAUAUUUAACGGUUAUUUAUUUAUUUCUGUCAAGUGAAUACAAUUUAAGCUUUCUUUGCGAUAGAAGGUGCAAAGACAACUUAUGGAACUAUGACCAAGUGAAUCAUUGUUGAAGAUGAUUUUUCCGUAGAAAAAUUUCUAAAAAUUCAAAGUUCAAAAUUAGUUUUUGAUAUUUUAAUGGCUGAUUCAUUACUUCCGAUAGUGUUGUUCGAUUGUUAAAUCGUGGCGGUUUCUUCUUUCUUAUAAAAAAAUAUCUGACAGUUUGUUGUCUACCAUUAAGGCCAUACUUUAUAGAUACAAUAUUAAUUCAACGCGGACACUACCACCGACUGGCCACGGCUCGUCGCGUCUAUAAAGAGCUUUCCAGGAAUUCAUUGGCGCCGUGUAGCUCUGUGUGAAUCAUUAUACCAACAAAAAAUAAAAGUGACAAAAUGGAAUUAACCAUAAUUUUGAAAAGUGUGUGUGACCUUAAAAAAUUAAAUUUAUAAGUACAAAUUGUCGAUAUAAAUAUAUCAUGCAAGAAAAUGAUCCCCAGUGGUUUGGUGAAAGGACGUUUAAUGAAAAUAACGAAACCCACGUGGAAGAGGCGGAAACAUUAAGUAAUAAAGAAAGUGGUAGUGAUCUUUUAGAAUUGAGUCCUUUUGAAAGUGCUUUAAGUGAAAAAGACAAAAAAGAAUCGGGAGAAAAUGAAGACGACGCUGAAGAAGAUGACGAUGAAAAAGGAGAUCCUGUACUUCCAGUCGAUCCAAGAGUUUGGGACUCCGCUCACAUUCGUAGUUGGGUUAAAUGGAUGACUAGAAAAUUUAACAUCGAUCCAAAGCCCGAUAUUACCAGAUUUCCAACGAAUGGCAUUGAUUUGUGCGAGAUGAAAAAAGCCGACUUUUGGGUUUGCGCUGGUUCAAAGGAAGGAGGAAUUUUAGUGGCCAAACAUUUUGCCUGUAUGUUGUACCAUGCGACGGGAAGAGCAACUAGUCCAUAUAUAAAUGAUAAUGAACCAAAUCCAUAUCAACUGCUGAAUGCCGCUUCACACCGAUUGGUGGCACAAGGUUCGGGGCAGAUCCAAUUGUGGCAAUUCCUGCUGGAGCUACUAGCCGAUUCGUCCAAUGCCAAUUGUAUAACAUGGGAGGGCACCAACGGUGAGUUUAAGCUCAUCGACCCAGAUGAAGUUGCAAAGCGCUGGGGAGAGCGCAAGGCUAAACCAAACAUGAACUACGAUAAGCUCAGUAGAGCUUUAAGAUAUUAUUACGACAAAAACUUCAUGACAAAAGUUCACGGAAAACGUUACGCCUACAAAUUCGACUUUCACGGCCUAAUGGCGGCUUGUCAAGCUCAGGCCCAGGGCUGUGAUACUGCAGCUGCAUACAGUUCCUAUAAACAUCUGCACCAUCAUCAUCCCGCCCUCCAGCCAGACCACUCUCCAUCGUCAUCAUCCAGUCUUGGCUAUCCCUGACCAUCACCAACGAUGUCAUCCCCCGUCGGCAGCGGUGGUGGUGGUGUCGUUGUCGGCAACACAGCUUCCCAUUCCCCGAGUAAUAUAACAACCUCAAGUACAAAUCUACUCCCACCCUCAACGACUUCUUCCACACCGAUGUUUCCAUCUGGUCCAUAUUGGCCAUACUCACCACCGAGUUUUGAACCUCGCCCACCACCAAAUGGAUUUAAUUGACAAACUUGUUGAAUCUUACACCUCUCAGCUUUAUACAACAACAAUACUCCUUAUAUUGUUCCUUAAAACGUAUCCUUGUCAUCUCACAUACAUAUAUUAUAUUCAUAAAGGUACUCAAUGUGUGAGUGGUCAAUUUGGAGUUCCGGUACAUAAUAACUUCGUAUAUUAAUUAGAAGAAGACCUCCCGCAUCGUUGGGAAAGGCGGCCAGUCCUUGUUCUUGCACUCAUAAUAAUAAUAAUUUAAUUAGAUGCUAUAUUAAAAAAAAACCUUCUUGUGUGUGAUACAAAAUUUGUCCAAAAAGGACUUUAACUUGAUGUAAAAUGGUUAUCGUUUUGAUCAAGCGGUAACGGUAAUGUAUAAUUUUAUACUUAUCGAUGUAAUUGUUGUACAAUCUUUUUCCUUAUAAUACCUUAAACUCUCGAGAUUUGAUUAAGUUAAUUUAUAAGAAUAUAGCAAUAUGUUUCAUGUAUGUACUUAAUUUAUUAAUAAAUUAGUUAGUUGUAAAUAUGACUGUCCCCUGUAAACUCAUUAAAUCGUAGGAAUAUCAAAUAAUUUUAAGAAAAU